CUCACUAUUUCACCAAUCAUUUGUGAUUUCCGAACAUAACAUAAAUCUUCAUUCGGCUCAUCUCAAUUCCGCUACAUUAUAAUCCUUUUCGCUACAUUCUUCUCCCUGAUUUUAUGAUACGCAAAGAUACGCAAGUGUUUUUAUAGGAAAAGGUGCUGCAAUAACAUAGACAAUCGGGGAGGGUGAAAACCUCUGAGGAGAGAAAGGAUGAAGAUAGUAACUUACAACGUUAACGGUCUGAGACAACGCAUAUCCCAGUUCGGUUCUCUCCGUAACCUCCUCAAUUCAUUCGACGCUGACAUUAUCUGCUUUCAGGAGACAAAACUUAGCAGACAAGAUGUUACAGCGGAUUUGGUUAUGGUAGAUGGAUACGAAUCGUUCUUUUCUUGUACCCGAACUUCUCAGAAAGGCCGAACCGGUUACUCCGGUGUUAUUACAUUUUGUCGAGUAAAGUCUGCUUUUUCUAGUACUGAAGCAGCAUUGCCCUUGGCAGCGGGAGAAGGAUUCACUGGCCUAAUGUGUAACUCUCAAACUAGUGAAGAUAAAUCGCCACUCUUCAUAGAAGAUCUCGAGGAUUUUUCAAAAGAUGAGCUUUUUAGUGUUGAUAGUGAAGGGCGAUGCGUUGUCACUGAUCAUGGUCACUUUGUUCUUUUUAAUAUUUAUGGGCCUCGAGCUGGAAGUGAUGAUACAGAGAGGAUUCAGUUUAAACAAAUAUUCUACAGGAUACUGCAGAAAAGAUUGGAGUCUCUCCUGCAUCAAGGAAGAAGAAUCUUUGUUGUUGGUGACCUCAAUAUUGCACCAUUUGCAAUUGAUAGGUGUGAUGCUGGACCUGAUUUUGACAAUAAUGAGUUUAGAAAAUGGUUCAAAUCGAUGUUAAUUGAAAAUGGAGGUCACUUUUCUGAUGUCUUCCGAGCAAAAUAUCCUGAUAAAAGUGAUGCAUUCACCUGUUGGUCGCAAAGUACAGGUGCUGAAGUGUUUAACUAUGGGAGUAGAAUCGACCAUAUCCUAUGUGCUGGUUCAUGCUUACAUAAACUAGAUGACCUGCAAUGUCAUAGCUUUAUAAGAUGUCAUGUUAAAGAAUGUGAAAUUAUGACACAGUACAAACGGUUCAAACCAGAAAGCAUGCCGAGUGCCCACAAGUGGAAGGGAGGAAAGAGUGUUAAACUUGAAGGAUCCGAUCAUGCUCCAGUUAUUUUGACUUUGAAGGAAAUUCCUGAGGUCUCUCUGCAUAGUACUCCCUCCUUAUCUGCUAGAUACGUUCCCAUGAUUCAUGGCGUCCAGCAAACUCUAGUGUCAUUGUUGAUGAAAAGACGAGUUUCUGAUUCGUGCAAGAUGGCACACAGUGACAUUUCAGUGGUCAGUACUUCUGAGAGAAUAGAAGAACCAAUUGACAUAAUUGGUUCAUCUACCCGUGAAUGUGAUUUUCUUCCAAACAAGGAUUCAGAAGGUAGCAUUUUAGAACCAAAUAAACUUUCCACGGGUUCUUCUCUGGAGACUGUUUCUAAAUCAGGAAGUGUAUAUAAAAAAUCAAAAAUUCAGAAAUGCAAUGAAUCCAAGAAAAAUACUAGAAAUAGUCAAUCAUCCCAGCUCUCACUUAAGUCAUUUUUUCAGAAAAGCACAAAUCUUGACAAUGGUAUCAAGGACUCUUGUAUUGGUUUCUCAAAUAAUCAGGCAGAACCGUCACAACCCAACUCUCAAUCACUUGAAAAUUCUACAGUGUUUGAUCAUAGUAGCAGUCCUGUGCAUGAUGAGGCGAAUGCAGCAUGUGUUCAGGAUUUAGCUGAACUAAAUGAUAGUUCUAGAAAAGAAGAGAAGAGUAAUGUAGCUUCUCAAGAGUGGCAAAGAAUACAAAAAUUGAUGCAAAACAGUAUACCUCUUUGCAAAGGACAUAAGGAACCUUGUAUUGCUCGGGUGGUAAAGAAACAAGGAGCUAAUUUUGGUCGCAGAUUCUAUGUGUGUGCCCGUGCUGAGGGCCCUGCAUCUAAUCCUGAAGCAAACUGCGGCUACUUUAAAUGGGCUACUUCAAAGUCUAAUAAUAAAUAAUGAUGGUAAAUAACAUUUGAAUCAAAGGAUGAUUCAGAUGCACACCCUAUCCAAAUUCCUUUAUAAUGCAGUAUGGAGCACAUCCUAUUAGAAGGAGAUGCCUCUUAUAAUAAAAUUCUGUCCACCGUUUUCGACCCAUCCUUGCCUCCUUAUAUGUAAAGUAGUCAGCAUGUUUCUCCAUUUUCAACAGUGAGGAAUUGGAAAGAAAAUUAGUUCAGCUGUCAAUGCUCCAUCUCAGCUUCUAACCUGCUUAGAUCCUGCCACUCUAUAACGUUGUUGUUUAAUAGCAGCUAUAGCGGCGCCAUAUCACAAUAGUGUAGCAGAAUUUGGACAAACUGCCAUUUUCAUAUGAUAUGCUAUUUAGUAAAAAGCAUCGUCAAAUAGCUGAUAUAGUGGCGCUAAAGCACCAUUGCAUAGUGGAAUUUCAACAAUCCAGCCAUUUUCUGAUAUCUGCUAUUGACAACAUUAUAAUGAAAAGUGCCAUCAAGAUAGUGUGGCUUCUAGGACUA